ACUAAGAAAAAACAUGGCGUUCUGUUUGCGAACGGUCACACUGUUGGCAUAGUUGAGUUUUUUCGCACAAUUCAUUUUUGUGGAAAAAAUUCUAAAAUGACCACAAUUGCGGAUCUAUUUACAAAGUACAAUUGCACAAAUUGUCAGGACGACAUCCUGGGCAUCAGAGUGCACUGUGCAGAGUGUGAAAAUUUCGAUCUAUGCUUGCAAUGCUUUGCGGCAGGAGCAGAGAUCGGAGCCCAUCAGAACAACCAUGCCUACCAGUUCAUGGACACGGGCACCUCCAUUCUCAGUGUCUUCCGAGGCAAAGGGGCGUGGACUGCUAGGGAGGAGAUUCGCCUGCUGGAUGCCAUCGAGCAGUAUGGCUUUGGCAACUGGGAGGAUAUUUCCAAGCACAUUGAGACAAAAUCCGCGGAGGAUGCCAAGGAGGAGUAUGUGAACAAGUUCGUCAAUGGAACCAUUGGUAAAGCCACCUGGACGCCGGCCCAGAGCCAAAGACCCCGUCUCAUCGACCAUACCGGAGACGAUGAUGCCGGUCCCCUGGGCACUAGUGCUCUGGCCAGUCUCCCGCCACUAGACAUCAACACUGACGAAGCUAUGCAGCUGGGCUACAUGCCCAACCGAGAUAGCUUCGAACGGGAGUAUGAUCCCACUGCGGAGCAGCUUAUUUCGAACAUCACGUUGAGCUCGGAGGACACGGAAGUGGAUGUGAUGCUGAAGUUGGCGCACGUGGAUAUCUACACCAGGAGACUUCGGGAACGAGCUCGUCGAAAGCGAAUGGUAAGAGACUAUCAACUGGUUUCUAACUUUUUCCGCAACCGUAACUAUGCCCUGCACCAAGGACUGACCAAAGAACAACGAGAGUUCCGGGACCGUUUCCGGGUUUACGCACAGUUCUACACCUGCAAUGAGUACGAGCGCCUGCUGGGAUCGCUGGAGCGUGAGAAGGAGUUGCGGAUCCGGCAGGCGGAGCUGUACAGAUACCGCUACAACGGCCUGACCAAGAUUGAUGAGUGCGUUCACUUCGAGCAGCACGCAGCGAUGGCCACUCAUCGCUCCACAGGGCCAUAUGGACAUGGAAAGACUCUCCUCUGUAUUAUCAACACGCCGAACAGCGAGCGCUUGAACGGUUGUAUAAGACAAUGUUUAACCACAGGACCACACGCAGCCCUCCAAUGGAAGUCAUCGGCCGCCAAGCUCUUCCUUGCACUCCCCUCUACCGAAUCUCAAAAAGGCCGAACUGUCAAGCGGCGCCGAGGCAAGUUCAAGUUCAAUCGCACCAAGAAACAUGCUCCACACCGCCGACCCGACCUGCUCCGGAGGAUCAUUGCCCAACAGAAGUUACUCGGAUAGCUGUCGGACAUUGUCGGCAGCUACGACAACGAUGCAGCCGACGAUCGGGAUGGGAACGGGAGCGGGAGUGGGAACGGGAAUGGGAAUGGGGAUACUGGACUCGAGCAGCACGGGAGCGACGACGGGAGCGAUUUCCGCGGGUAUGACGACCUCAGCGCAGGCGAAUCUGCCGACGAACUCGGCGAAGGGAAGCCACCCCCAGAACCAAAGCACUCAGCUCCAGCAAAGAAACCCACUGCCAAACGAGGUCGUCGCCGGAAGCAGUGAACCGAGUAUGAGUCUGAAGCUUCGCCAGCAACUGGAUGAUCUGAAACACCUGCCCCAGCCACUGGGUAGCAAUCUUCUUAGUCACAACGAGCUUGAUGUUUGCAGGAAGCACAAUAUUACACCCACCACGUACCUUUCCUUGAAAACCGUUUGCCUGAGCGGAGCACCAUCGCUGGGCAGUCCCAUGGAGACAUCGCUGCGCAAGUUCUUCAUCAAGUGCGGCUGGCUGAGCCACUAGUAUAACCCCUGCCAAUUCAUAUACAUAAUUUUAAAGCAACAAACACAGGCAUUUCCUAAACUAAGGACUUAACUUUAUUAUAACAUCGUUAGCAUAAGACCACAUAUAUUUUAUACUGUUUAACUUUCGUUGCCAUUGAGAGGUAAGAACUAAGAAACUUGUAUCAAGUCGAGCUCAAUUAGCUGGUUUUGUUCCUUUCGUUGUCGUUGAGAGAUGUCCGGGGAAUGAGAUAUAUUCUGUAUUAACUUAUGCGUAAGUAGGUAACCCAACCAAUUUUUUAAUCUUGAAUGUAUGAUAAUAAUGGAGUAAACAAAUUUGAAGUGUAAUAAACUUAUUUCAACACUA